AUGCCUGACGCAAGCUCUGAGUUGAUUGAUGAAAUAGGGAUCGUCAAGAUCUUCCGAUGUUUUUCUCCAGACAUUGAAACCGCGCGGAUUUGUAUCAAGGUACCGAGUACAAGGGAGGGCUUGAUAGCGUGUCGGACCCUUGAGAUGGCGGGCGUUCGUACACUGGCCACGACUCUAUUCACGUUUGUGCAAGCCGCUCUCGCCGCAGAGGUUGGCUGCACAUACAUUGCACCAUACGUCAACCAGCUCAAAGUCCAUUUCGAGUCGGGAUUCGUGGACCCGCAGAAAUUGCUGCCCCUCUGUGUCUCGGCCCAGAACUACUACGAGGCCAUUGGCGUUAGAACACAAGUCCUGCCCGCAAGUUUGACGUCUACCGACGAAAUCUUUGCCCUAGCUGGCGCUCAUCAUAUCACGAUAGCUCUUAGUCUGUUGCAGCAGCUUUCGUUACCCCUUUACCCGCGUCUUUGUUCGACUCUGAACCGCCGAGUCCAAGUCCCAAAAUAA